AUUUAUUAGUUAACUGAACAUUGUCCGUACCGGUUGUUGUUUUCUGUUUUGUGCUGCAGUCAUACCGAUAAACCUUGAAUUAAUCUAUUCAUAUGUGUAGUUCGUGUGUGUUCGUGUGCUGUUUGCGAAAAUUACUAAUUAUUGAUACAUCUAUUACCGCCGAUACCGAAUAUCCACCCGGUUAGUCUAGGAAAAUGACGAAGAGCAAGAAAAAGAAGGCCGCUUCUGACAAGAACAGUAAUAUAAAAGGGGAAGAGAUCGCUACCGCCUACAUAGUGACGCCGCCGGGCACGCCACCAAAAAACGGACUUAAGACCGCCAACAACUACGGCAAUGGCACGAGUGGAAGUUCCACUGUCCCCUGGGAACGGGAAAUCAUUGGGCAGUUUCUGCUGGAGAUGGGCGACAGUCAGAAGAUCAGUGCUCGCAAUGAUUGGUACGUGGAUAAGACGCAAAUGCGGAUGCUCUUCGAGGACUAUCUGGAAAAGAGUCCCAAAUACACGGAGCUUCGCCUUAAGCUGUCAGCCAAUGGAGCCUAUAAAGUGAGUAUCGGGGCGCUCUCAGUUCAGCAAAGACACUCUCGCACGCAUACUAAAAAAGCCCGUUCGCGAUAAGAAGGAAUACAAACA